AUGAUGUUGUCAUGUCUAAAAGCAGAGUCGGUCAGGUGACCACACACACACCCAGGCAUUUACUCCAUUACACACCCAGGCAUUUACUCCAUUACACACCCAGGCAUUUACUCCAUUACACACCCAGGCAUUUACUCCAUUAUACAUCCAGGCAUUUACCAUUACUCCAUUCCAGACAUUGUUAUGAGCCAUCCUCCCCUCAGCAGCCUCCUGUGAACCACAGAUACUUAGGAAAAUAUGUCUUCCUUUAUGUGUGUUUGAGUGAGUGAAGGGCAGGAGAGGGAUGGGGGAAGGUUUGGGAAAGUUGGGGGAAGGGAGGUUGAGUUUUCUAAAGAUGUGGGAUUUUUUGUGCUAGUUUCUAGUUUCCAAGUAACCGUCCAAGAUUGCAGUGUAGAGGUCAUCGCUGGGACUUAAUUUCUGAUUGUCUUUCUCUGCUUUGUAUGUGUGUGUGUGUGCGUGUGUUUUUAAGGAUUACUCUGUGUGGUUUAGAUGUGAUGUGUGUGUGUAUGUGUGUGUGUGUGUGUGUGUGUGUGUGUGUGUGUGUGUGUGUGUGUGUGUGUGUGUGUGUGUGUGUGUGUGUGUGUGUGUGUGUGUGUGUGUGUGUGUGUGUGUGUGUGUGUGUGUGUGUGUGAGAGAGAGCGCUGUCUGUAUUCCGGGAGCCUGUGUCUUUGUUCCCCUGAGCUGUUUUUCAUUAGUGUGUGGACGGUUUGAUGUGCAUUUAACUGCAUGGGAGCACAAACACACACUUUGGAGCACAGCAUGGAAAUAAAUCGGGCAGCUGAGGCAGCAGACCCUGAUACUGUGUGUGUAUUUGAACAUGAAGAAACGGAUCAGUGUGUUACAGAUCUGGGUGUGUUGUGUCAGCUAAGGCUUUAGUCCAGUCUGGCUCAGUCUGGCUCAGUCUGGCACACAAACACAACUUUGGAACCAUGGAGGUGCUAUAUAAACUUGUAAUCAAUCUCUCUCUCCCUCUCUCUCUCUCUCUCUCUCUAGUUCGGACUCAGAAGGGAACUUUGAGACCCCAGAGGCGGAGUCUCCUGGUCUGCUGAAUGACCUGACCCAGCUGGAUAACUCUGCCCACACAGGUGAGAUGAUGUCCUCUCUACCUGUGUGUCAGCGAAACCCCUCCUGCUCAGUAGGAACAAUGAUAGCAGGUGGUCGUAAGCUACUCUAGCAUCGCUCUGUAAAGCCAUCGCUCUGUAAAGACCUGAAGUACUGGCGCGUCUUCACCAAUAAAGACUGGCUUAAGAUGAACAAGUGUGCCCCUCCAACACACACAUACCCGCGCACGCCGCUGACAUCGCAAACCAACAGCACACACGGGUGAUAAGAAACAGAUCAUGUGUUGUUGACCAUUGUAGAGUUUUAUAGACAAGUAAUAUUAUCCUAUUAAAAUGUUAAACUGCUCUGUGGCGUCUUGGACUGGAUUCGUUCAUUUGUUUGGGAUUCAUAAUCUUAGUUCUGGACACAAUGCAAUUUAGAAAAUGGGAUUCUAUGAUCCUAAUGUACUAAAUCUCCUUUGUCUCUGUAGACAAUAACAACCUCGCCUCUUAUAGAACAGCAGCCAGUCACAUGCUGUCUGCCUGUGUAUUUCUGGGCUUACUGACAUAAAUAAAACAUUGACUGAGAGAUAAUUCAGUCUGGAGGAAUAAUAAUAGUCUACUUGACUACAGCACCGCAGGGAGAAAUUACACGGUAACAACACAACACAACACUAUAUAUUAGAUGUAUGUCGUCUGUUGACUGGGUUAGAAGUCUGAGCAGAGUUGGAAUUUAGGGUUUCUGAAGAAUUGGAGGCCUGUCUUGUUAUUGUGCUUGAUUGUUUAGAGAAAUCAAAUAGACCCUCCCAUCUCCCCCUCCCAUCUCUCUCUCUCUCUCUCUCUCUGUCUCUCUCUCGCUCUGGUCAGUGUGGUACCCUGUUAAACUGUGUAGAGGCUGUUGUUUAUUGGUUGCUAGGCUACAGGGUGAGGCCUAAAGGCCAGGGGCAAGGUUGUCCUGCUAUACUCCCAGAUGAUUCUGGUUAGAGUUGGAGCUAGGGAAUGUUUAUUCUCCUGUUCAGACAGCAGACAUAUGGGAUUGUCAUAUCCCGGCAGGGCUGCUUCAGCUUCACAAUGCCAAGGUGGCCCCCAUGAGCCAUGGCCAACACUUGUCCUCUGAGCCUGCUUGGUAUGACGAUGCAGUUUCCGCAGGCCAGACGUGUCAUACCAGCAUGUCAGCUCAUGUUUGAACCUGGCACAUGGUUGGAGUUCCGAUGGGUGCUGUGCCGGCCAGCCAUUGGCUACGUAUUUCCCCACAAGGUCGUGAAGAUGGGGUCGUUGGCUGAUUCUUGGGUCAGCUUCUUGUGCGACACUGUGUCUUGGAGAGUGAGUGUAGGAGCUGGAUGAGGGCAUCUGAGUCAACCUGGGCACAGGUGGAGUCUGGGGGAACUUAGCGCUAAAGGAAGUCGGCCAACACAUUGUCCCUGCCCGGCCUGAACUGCAGCUUAAAGUUAUACUGCUGGAAUCGGUCUGACCAGCGGUACAUGCGGAGGAGCUUGUGUCCUGACCCAGAGGUAGACAUCAAGGCUGUGGGGCCUGGUGGUCGGUGCGCAGUUUGAAAGAACUGUGUUGACCAAGUUGGACACCCAUGGGAAGAUGUCCACCGGCUAGAUAAAUCCAUCCUCCAGCUGCUUGUGUAGAUCCUUAUUGACCUCCUUGCAGGAUAUGCCGUAGAGGCUGAAUGACUGGAGUCACCAUAGGGCCGAGGAGGGUUAUUAUGUGCAAACGCUGUCAGGGCACCUACGUCGUUGAAGAGGGUAGGCCAUGGGGAGGCGACGUGCAGGAUUGUUGAGCCACUGUUGUUCAACAGAGAGAACCCCAGGCUGGUGAACAGGUCCAGACCUAAGAUAUUAGUGCCCUGUCGUGUGAUGUGGAAGGGGAACUAAAUGAGGGCCUUGUUGCCAUACUGCACAGGUGAGUGUAUAAAGCAGACAACAUCAAUCACUGAGCGCCCAUAUCCGUACAGGCUAAAGCUGGGCGGCUGGAGGGGCAGGUGGGACAUGAACUGCUCUUAGGUGGCCAUGUUGAGGAGCAACACUUUUGCUCCUCUGUCUAGCACGAGAGGAAUGCAGGAGUCACCCAGGUAUACAGUACAAGUGGAAAACCCAGUCGGGUUUGAGCCAACAGUGCGAGUGACAGGAGGUGGCGUGGCCUGGGGCAUGACCCAGACCAGUUUGAGACAACUUUGUGAACGACUGGAGGGGGCGUGUCUGUGGGGUGUGAUCCAGCUGGGUUUAAGCCAACCAGGCGAGUGACAGGAAAGGGUGUGUCUGUGGGGCUUGCUUGUUGCACAGCACUGGAAGCAUGUGUUUGUGCCUCACAGAUCUUAGUUGCACAGUGAGCUGCUGAUUUCACUUGGGAAGCUAUGGCUACAGCUUUUGCUAAAGUCAGAUCAUCCUCUUCAAGGAGAAGCCUCUCCCGCACGAGUGAACUUGAGGUUCUUUCAAUUAACUGGUCCCUGAUAAUUUCAUGUCGAAGAUAUCCAAACUGACAUACUUGUCCUUUAAGAUCAGUGACGUACUGUGUCACUGACUCACUCGCGCGCUGUCGAAAAUGCAGCCUUUCAGAAGCACACUCUGUUUCUUUGCAAAAUGUCCAUAGAUAAGUUAAACAGCUGCAUCAUAUGUGUGCGCUUCCCUGAGCGUUUGGAAAAUGCGCUGGCCCUCGGCACAGAGACAGUGGAGAAGAAUGGCUAUUUCCCUCUCAGGGCUAACAACAUCCAGUCCGGUAGCUAGCAUGUAUGUCACGAACGACAACUUCCAUCUGUCCCAUGGGAUUGUUGGUUCGCCCGUGUGAGGCCACUGCUCCGGUGGAGGAUAGGGAUAUUGUAGAAAUACUUUCAGCCAUCCUCGCUCGCCAAAUGUUAUUUUGGAAAAGAACCAAACAAACACUUGUUUUCAGUUGAGCCUGAUGUUUAUAUAAACGAGUAACAUCAGAUAGAAAGAGGCGAAGCAAGAGGGAUAACUGGGCCCAAAAUCAGUAUUUUCCAGCAGGUGGCGUUUUUCAAUUUUUUUCGCUCAUUAAGCGAGUAGUUUUUGUAUGGAGAACAAUGAGAUUGUCAAAAAUGUAAUGGCUUAUUUGCCUUGUGUGGCUUAUUUGAUCUGAUAUAAGUUUCGUAAUGCUUAGGUUGUUACGAGUGUACUGAUGUAAGUAGAACAAUUGACAUCCUGGCAACUUUGAGAAAAAACACUUUAUAUCGGAGUUGUGCCUGGUCGUCACUAGUUACCACAGCCACAAAGUCAUAAACCCCGCCCAUUUCUUCUUCUUAAAAGGUUAUUUUAAACCUAGCUUUAACCACACUGCUAACCUUAUGCCUAACCCUAAUCUUAAUUUAAAACCAAAAAAGCAAAUUUGUUUUCAUGAAUUUUUAUGAUAUAGCCAAUUUUGACUGAUGCUAUGUUAACUAGUGGAAACCAUUUUGCCUACACGUAUCUGCUCUCUCAUUGGCUAGAAUGGUCCCACCUGAUCUUGCCUCCUCCCGACUGCCUUCCAUUUUUGAAGACAUUUAUUUUCAUUGUUAUGAGUGGCCACUAGACUAUCUGGUCAAUAUAAUGGAUAAUCUGUGGUGGCAUCUCACAUACAACAGAAAUAGAACAACCAAAUCACCUAGUGAUUUUCGAUAACAACAUAUCAACAAAACAGACUGUGCAAUCGAUGAUACGAAUCAUGGAAGCUAUAAUAAAAAAUCAGUGCUGAACACAACAGAUCUGACACAGAGAGUGAGAGCAUUGAGCAAUAUCACAAGUGUGUGUGUGAAUUGCAGUGUAGUCACAUUGUUCUGCGUUCCUGGGCUUUGUGCUGGAUUUCUCUGUAACAGAGAGCUCACUGUACAGCAGUAUGAGUCAGCAACCCUGACAUAACCACCCACACACACACUGGGCUAGAGCCUCUCUUCUCUCAGCAGUGUAAGCCCAGACUGAAUUGAGCAGCCCCAGCCCCCAGAGAACAGAAGCAUGUUAAGUGCAUUGCCGUCAGCUGUUAUAAACACAGCAGGAUCCUGGCUAAACAUGCACUCAAAGCAUUACUGUGCUCUUAGGGAGAGGACCAUUGUGUUUGUGUGUGUGUUUGAUGUUGACAAGGUUUUUGUUGACGCAGGGACCAUUGUAAGGGACCAAUUUUAGCAUUCUAGCAGGGAGUCAGGAGCCAUUCUGAUUGUUCUAACAGGAAGUGAGAGGCCAUUCAAACAUAGCUCAGUCCACAAGCUGCAGCUCAGCUAGUCACGCUUUUAACUAGACAUGGACUGAGGCUGGCCUGCAGUGCUUUAAAUGUUCCCUGUGUUUUGAGCCACUGUCCACAAUUCCAGAUAUGUUUUUCACCCUGAUGCAGUGGGAACUGAGCUCCCACAGAGAGAAUAUCCUAUAGAGAAAAUAUAAGCUAUAGAGAGAGUGGUGAAGAGAGAUGUGCAUUUCCUGUAGUAUAUUAUCUGAAACAAGAAAACCAUACAAAGAUAAAUCCCAAGAUGUAUUUGCUGCUAAAAUGUCUGUUGUUGUUGUUGACAUAACAUCAUUAUUGGUGCUACUUUUAAAGAAAGGUUGCUGUCUUGCUUGUCUCCAGCGUGAGAUACUAACUCCACCUCUCUUCAGUCCUCACCAGAGAUGUCGGACAGCUGACGCCCCACCUCUUCCUGGACAGAAACUCCAAUCAGGAUGUUUAUCCCGCCUCCCUUCAGGAAGUCCAGGAUGCCCUAAACAACCUCAAUAGCUCUUCCCCUUCUCUGAGUGGAGCAGGUUUGGACCAGAACCUGAACUUGAGGUUGACCUCCAGACCUGGAGAAGGAGAAGGUCUCUCCCCGUCCCCUCUGCCCCAGCCCCGCACCCUACGCCCUCCCUCGCUCGCCGUCCACAACUGCCCUGACCCCGCCGAGGUUGAUGACCUUGCUCCUAUGACCUCUGACCCCAACGGCAACAUGAACUCUGACCCCAACAGCCUGACCCCUGAACUGGACAGACCGGACUCAGACAGACAGUCACCUAGGAUGAGCACGGGCAUCACGUGAGUAACACUCAUAUAAGACAUCUUAUCUUACACAUGCCUGACCACUUAGCAUACAAUCACAUGAUCUUAUCUCUCCCUCCCUCAACCAAUCAUACCCCCUCCUCUCCCCUCCACCCCCUCUCAUGUCUCACCCACACUCCGCUCUUUCUCUGUACUCUACCUGUCUCUGAGUCUAUUUCUGUGUGGCGUCAGGACUGCUGACCAGGUCCGUUUACUAUGUAUGAUGCUGUAAGUACUGAAUACUGUACUGUCUCUGUUGGCCCGCCAUUAAACCUUGACCAAAUCCCCAGCCUCUGUGUCUCCCCUCUCCCUGCCCUCCAUGCAUGUUCUCCUACACCACGACUCACUGCAGUCAGAGCAGCCCUGGCUAGACUUCUUUAGUGCUGUGUCAGGUUGACGCAUGGAGACAAAUUUAAUGAUAACCGUUUGGUCAUCAGAUUCUCUCAGGCAGGGCUAGUCGAUCUCAGAGUCUGUUACAUUAUCACUACUUCACCUCAGAGAGAGAGAGAAAGAGCGAGAGAGAGAGAACCUCACAAUACUCUAGUCUACAGCAACUUAACAAUACUCUCUGUUCAAGUGUAAUCAUGCUCUGUGCAGUAGUUUGGUGACUCAGCUUUAUUUCUAUUAGGCAACGGCCUGUUUCAUUAAUCUGCUUUCUGCUUUAGUAGUUUAGCUGCACAGAGCAACUCAACAGAGAAAGCACAGAAUGAGGUCUGAUUAUAAAGUCUGCUUUCUCCUCUGCUUUCUCUCCGUUCCUCCUACUGUACUCUCUUUAUACUCAGUAAGAGCAACAUCGUUUCAGUCUCACCUAAUAUCAUAUAAUAGGACUCUGCUACCUUUGGGUCUGGCUGCUGUCCCAGACACACAUGGUCGGUGGGUCAGCUAUGAUCUGGGUAGGGUUAGCAUAAGGGUAGGUCUCAGUAUCUCUGACCUCAGUGCUCUUUGUCUUCAGGAACUCCUGUAAAGUGAAGAAGCUGGACAACCAGACUCUGUUACAGAAUGCCAGCGGAAAGGUAAGGGUUAAUGUUCUAACCAGCUUCUCAAACAGGAAAUGCUUUACUUUUCUUCUUCAUACCUUUCCCAUAAAGACAGCAAACUUUAUUUAACUGUUAUUUUUAAAAGAAUGAUUUUGAAUGCUCCAGAUAAAAGUGUAUGUAUCGCUGUCCUUGGUCAUCAUUGUAUCACAUUUUGUGUGUGUGUGUGAGUGCGUGCGAUUGUAGUGUAGUGUUGUGUAGUGUAGUGUAGUGUUGUAGUGUUUCUCACGCUGGUACCUUUCCUCUGUGUACAUGACCAUGACCCUGGUUAACCUACACAUUCCUCUCUGAGAGCCCUGUCCUCUACUUUACCUCAGCCCUCAGUAUAUGUCAGGCCUGCUCUGGCACGGCAACAGGGAGAGAAGGGAGACUGUCCAAUUACAGAAUGAAAAUGUCUCUGACCGUCUGUCCCUCCCUCCCUGCCUGUAGGACGACGACCAUCGCAAAGGUCACGCUACAGAUGAGGAGAAGCUAGCCAGCACGACAGGAAUCAGAGCAGAUAGAGACCACAACGGUGAGUGGGGAAUAAGGGGAUCAGACACACCCAACAUCAGUGUGUGUGAACCCAUGUGUUGGUUAAUCAAUAUCACAGGGAAGGUCAUUGUUGUCCCCUCCACCCCAGAUGCUCUAAUCUGGCCUUCCACCAUCCCUCAUGCUGACUCGACCGCUAGGCCUACUGUGUAUGACUCAUGCAGCUUGUUGUAGUGUAUGCCUGAUGGGUCUAUGUGUGUAUGAGCCAAUAAGCAAAACCCCAGCAGUGUUACAGGAAGCAGACAGACUGUACCCGAUCAAUAGUCCCUCAGGCUGCAUGCGACACACUUCUACUGUAGCUGUGUUCUACGGUGUUGAGUUGGCCUUUAUAUUGUCUGUUCUGCUCUGUUCUGCUCUGCUCUGUUUAUUUCUGUCUAGUCUGUGGAGAAGUAUAUGGUAGAUUCUGUCUGUCAUUUUAGGAGUUUAUUAUGAGACAGUCCUCUGUGCUGCAGGCAUACACUGCCCCCUCCUGGUUAUACAGCAGCAAUACAUGGAGCUCCCAGUGGUUGGAGUCAGAUAAGAAUAGAACAGAAAAUAAAAGACAAUAAUAGAAUUGAAUAAAAAAAUUAUAGAAAAAUAACAGAACAGAAUAUAACAGUUCCUUUUGAGAAUACAGUGUGGGAUAUUUGACACAGACACUUUUAGUGACUUGUCAUUCAAGGGUACAAAGGUUUGAUGUGAUGUGUUGUUCUCUUCCAGGGCCAGAGCUGAAUGUGUCAGCCAGACCAGAGGAGUCAGACUGCUGUUCUAUGGUGAGUACACUAACAUGCCCUGUUAACAGUCACAUAUAGCCCAGAGAGAGUUUGGUCCACUUCAGAGACGGAUCUAGAGAUGAUGGUUCUGUCAGAAUCAUGUGAUCCCCCUGGUGACCACUAGAUGGCGACACCAGUGAGCUAGCUGUAUGGACCACUUUUCGGAAAACAGAUUAUGGCCAUGAUGCUACUGUAGAGUGUUAACAAUCAUUGUCAUCAUCAUCAUGUUCUAGUAGUGGAUUAGAGCUGUGUUCACAGUGAUGUUGAGGAGCUAUCUGGCCCGCUGAGAUGGUGAUGGUGACUGGCUUGAUUAGUCUUCUAGUCUACCCGGUGCCCACUACAGUAGCCCACUACAGUACAGUACCAUGGUAGCUUUACUCCCACACUGUAUGCACAUGAACUGACCACGAGCUCCUCAGCUUGUCUGUCUGUCAUCAUCUCCAGCUCGUCAGGCGAUAGAGGGCUUGAGAUGAUCAGUCGCAUAGGAUUAGGAUAUGAGUGUGAGUUAUAAUCUAGGGAAGGAUAAGAGGAGGACGAGGGUUGAGGGGGAGGGCGAGAGGAGGGCUAGAGAAAGAGAUGGAAAUAACCACUCUUAGCUCCGGCACUGAGGAACAAGACCUCAACUUCUAACCUCCCUCUAGCCCCCCUCCUCUGAGAGCACCAGAGUAGACAUGCUGAUGAAGGCAGAGCCAAUACAGAAGUGAUUGUGUCUGUAUACAGCUCUGACAAACACUAUACUACACUGUACUAUAAUCUGUUUAUUAUUGAGUGAAACACACAGAAGGAAUUUACCUACAAACAAACUGUUUAACCAGUCUGCCACACCCAGAAACAUUCACAGAGAGUGUAUCAAUGCUACAGGCCACAGUUGACAUUGUGACUAAAUCCGGGUUGGGUCAAUUAAUCUAACAUCUAGUCAGGUACUUAUGGAACUCCUCUCCUACUCUGACACCCAUCUCUCUGCAGUAUGAGGACCCCUGCCAGCUGAAGAACGCCAAGCUGGGAGGAAGUAACAUGCAGAAGAAGACAGGAAGUGAGGUACUAGACUCCAUUUGCAUCAGUGAGGAGGAGAAAACGGCUGUUCUCACCCUUAUCAGAGAGGAGGUAGGUUAAAUAGUAGACCACACACACACACACACACACACACACACACACACACACACACACACACACAGGGUAACACAGUAAUAACUGUCUCCUGUGUCAGAUCAUCACUAAGGAGACGGAGGCCAGUGACUGGAGGAGAAAGUAUGAGGACAGCAGACAGGAAGUCAUGGAGAUGAGGUAACUCACAUGUAGGGUUACAAAAUUCACGGAACUUUCAAUAAAUUCCCUGGAAUUCCAGAAAUCCUGGUUGGAGGGUAUGGAUUUCCUGCUUAUUCCCUCCUGAUUCCGGGAAACCUCCAGCUGGGAUUUGGGGAAAACCAGGGAAUUUAUUGAAAGUUCCAGGAAUUUUCCAACCCUAUUCACAUGUACCAUUCUGUUACCAGUCACCUGAACUGUACUGUGAGGCUAGUAAUGAUGUGAUGUGUGCUGAGCUGUGAACAGACUGAGGGUUAGCUAGUAGAGACUCCUCAGUAACCGUUCCUCCUCUCUCACAGGAAGAUUGUGGCAGAGUAUGAGAAGACCAUCGCCCAGAUGAUUGGUGAGUGGCUUAGGUCAACCAAACCUCUUCAAACAUUCCUUUCCAUAAAUGACUGGUAUACCCAGUGUAGUGGUGGCAUCGAUGCAUGGAAUCAUAAAAUGACCCGUCCGUGUGAACUCUCUCUUGCUCAGAGGACGAACAGCGCAACACCAUGAGCUCCCAGAAGUCUUUGCAGGCUGUAACCAUGGAGAAGGAGUUGGCGCUUGCAGACCUGAGCUCAGUAGAACGCUCGCUGUCCGAUAUGUUCCGCCGCUACGAGAACAUGAAGAGCACCCUGGACGGCUUUAAGAAGGUUAGAGGUCAGAGUUCAGGGGUCAAGAAUAGUCUGACCUGAGUAUCAUUAGUCUUUAAGCACAUUUGAUGUAUAUUUUUUAUGUGGAAUGUUGUGGUUCUACCAUUGUGUGCAUGUAGAAUGAGGAGGUGUUGAAGAAGUGUGCUCAGGAGUAUCUGGCCAGAGUCAAGCAGGAGGAGCAGAGAUACCAGACGCUCAAACUCCACGCUGAGGAGACACUAGACAAGUAUGAUCACGCACGCACACUACACACACUACACACACACACACACUCACACACACACACACACACACAGGGGUCUGUGACUACCUACUAACCAAUGAAACAUCUACCCUAUUCCUCCCCUCAGGGCUAAUCAGGACAUAGCCCAGGUACGCAGCAAGGCCAGCUCUGAGAGUGUUGCUCUGACCGCCAGCCUGAGGAAGGAGCAGAUGAGGGUGGAGUCUCUGGAGAGAGCCCUGCAGCAGAAGGUAACGAACAACACAAAUGCUACAUGCUAAUGCCUUUUAUUUAGCCCCAUAGCAGAAAGUAACACACAACACAAACUCUUCAUGAUAACAGAAAGCUGCUUGCUCUACAUAACACAGCGUUUUCGCUAACCAGAUCUUAGUCUUGAAUCUCCCUGACGUGAUCUUCUGUCUUUUCACAGGCUGAGGAAAUCGAGGAGCUCACCAAGAUCUGUGACGAGCUCAUCGCCAAGAUGGGCAGAACAGACUGAGACAGAUUCCAUAUGUCCAAAUCCUUCAAUCUUGACCCGCCAAGACAACCCUGCCUACAACCUAUGGCAUACCCUGCCCUGUGCAUGUGUCCAGCCAAUGAACAGUUCUGUUUUCCCUUGGGGCGCCUGCCCCUAAUGCUGCUGUACAGGUCAAAUGUCAUAUGAUAACCCAUUUCUCUUGGUCAAAAGUAGUGCACUAUAUGGAGAGUAGGGUGUCAUUUGAGCCAGAGCCUGUGUUACAUGUGGACUGUUUUUGUUUUGGUCGUUUUCGCCACGCAAGACCAAAUCCCUUACUCCCUCCAUCCGUCUGUCUUUCUGUCCUGUAACACUAAUAUAAUGUGCUGUCUUGGCGUUGCAUAGAUUUGUGCUUAUUUACCUAAUGGUAACAUUUUGUAGAGCAUUUAUUCAUAGAUUAUAUACAUAAACCCCAAAACAAAAAACACCCUUGCUGAGAUGUACUGUACAUAGGGUAUUUAUUCUGAACACUAGGAGACUAGGGCAGGACCAGGUAGACAUUCUAGGCUCUAGGACAGUCAGGGAUUAGAGAUCAGGGGUGAGAUGUGUUUAACCCUUCUGUAUGACUGCACUAUUAUAAGGAGGGGGGAUAUGGGCGUAGGGUCAGGGUUAGGAUGCACUGCUAUUGAUAGGGG